AUGGUUAUCAAAUUCGUUGCCGGCGUCAGCGCCGUCCUGGCCGGGCUCUCCAGAGUCGCAGAAGCCAGGGACUACACACCCUACGUUGACCCGUUCCUGGGCACCGAAGGCCCAACCCCAGGCUCCUCGUACCAGGGAGGAAAUGUUUUCCCCGGUGCAACCCUUCCCUUUGGGGCAGUGAAGGUCGGAAUAGACACCUCAAGAUGGGACACCCGGUAUCAGGCAAACGCAGGUUACACUGUCGAGGGAAACGUCACUGGUAUCUCCAUGUUACACGUCAGCGGCACUGGAGGUGCCCCGACGUACGGUUUGAUUCCGCAGAUGCCCCUCACAACACUCGAAGGGGUCAACCUGCUCGACAACCUCACUUACAUGCAACCGAGGGUUGGGCAUGACGUUGCCGAGGUCGGUUACUACAGGACGGAACUGAAGAAUGGUAUCAAGGCCGAGAUGAGCGCUAGCAUGCACGCUGGCAUCAUCAAGUACCAGUUUCCUACCGAGGGAGGUCGUCACGUCUUGGUCGACUUGAGCCACUACUUGCCUACUCGGGGCAAAGAGUCUCAAUGGUAUAGCAAUGGUCAGCUGGAGCACGGGGAGGACGGUUCUUGGUACUCUGGAUACGGCGUCUACAGGGAAGGCUGGGCUCUUGGCGGCGACUUCAAGGUCUACUUUUGCGGGCAUUUUGACAGCGCCCCUGAAGAUGCGGCUCUCUUCUCCGGAAUUUACACGGACCCGUACUGGCCCAAUGUCACUGACGUGAAGCCUUUCUUCAACAAUGCUACGUCAAUCCGUGGCGGCGUCGAAGGCUACCAGUACGCCAAUCGGAUCGGAGGUCUUUUUUCGUUCCCGUCGAACGUGUCUACUUUGACGUCCAAAGUAGGCAUCUCGUGGAUCUCGGCCGACAAGGCGUGCCAGUUCAUCAGAGACGAGAUUCCUCACUGGGACUUGAACCAGACCGUGACAGAAGCGAAGAAUCGGUGGAACAACGAGGUGUUUUCCAAGAUCGACGUAAAGACCCAGAAUGAUACCCAGCUGGAGAUGUUCUACACCGGACUCUACCACGCACACUUGAUGCCCUCCGAUCGGACCGGCGAGAACCCCCACUGGACCUCGAAGGAGCCGUACUACGAUGAUUUUUACACGUUGUGGGACACAUUCCGCUGCACUCAUGCCCUCAUCUCUCUCAUUCUGCCCAACCGGCAAGUUGAUAUGAUCCGAGCCAUGAUCGACAUCUGGCGGCAUGAACGUUUCUUGCCAGAGGGCCGCAGCCAUAACCACAACGGCCGAGUCCAAGGCGGUUCCAAUUCCGACAACGUUCUCGCCGACGCCUACGUCAAGAAGCUCGACACGCAGGGGCUCAUCAACUGGGCGGAUGGUUACGCUGCGGUGCGGACCAACGCCGAAAUACAACCCUACAACAAUUUCGACUUCAACGACCCGACGGGAAGCACCAAGGAGGGCAGAGGCGCCCUGGACGACUGGAAGAAGUAUGGUUACGUUUCUGUCAACUAUGGCAGGAGUGUGAGCAAGACCGUAGAGUACUCCUUGAACGACUUUGCCGUGUCGCAGAUCGCCAAGGGCGAGGCGCCCGAGCAAGCCGCGACCUACCUGAACCGUUCCGCCAGUGGUUGGCAGAAGAUCUGGAUCAAAGACGCUGCGGCUUUGAACUUCACCGGCUUCCUCGCCCCUUUGCAAACCAACGGCUCGGUCCUCGCGGGCUACAGCCCGCUCGAAUGCGGAGAAUGCAACUGGCAGGCCAUCUCCUACGAGGGCACGCCCUGGGAGUACAGCUUCACCGCGCCGCAUGACAUGUCGACCCUGAUAGCCCUGAUGGGCGGCCCCGACGACUUCGAGCGCCGCCUCGACACGAGCUUCGUCCCCGGUUUGGCGGAGCAGGACCAAGGGAACAACGGCAUAGGAAGCAUGAUCUAUAACCCGGGGAACGAGCCCAGCUUCAUGACGCCGUUUCUCUACAACUACGUCGGGCGCAGGCAGUGGAAAAGCGUGAUGCGGAGCACGUCCGUCGUCGACGAGUACUACCACGUGGGCGCGAGCGGGAUCCCCGGCAACGAUGACGCGGGAAGCAUGAGCAGUUGGCUCGUGUGGAACAUGCUUGGCUUGUACCCGGUUGUCACGCAGCCUGUUUACCUUGUCCUGUCACCUCGGUUCGAAAACAUCAGCAUCAAGCUGGGCGAGGCAGGCGGCACGUUGAGGGUUACCGCCACGGGGUUCGAGCAGGGGCACUACGUCCAGAGUCUCAAGGUCAAUGGCAAAGUGUGGGAUAAGAGCUGGGUUACCCACGAGGAUCUUUUGGGGCCCAACAAUGAGGGAGGCUUGCUCGAGUUUGUGCUGGGUUCGCAGCCACAAGAAUGGGACUCGGGCGAGUUGCCGCCCAGCCCAGGUGCCUUGUAA